AUGGCGGACCGAAAGCCCAACAUCCUCUAUAUCAUGGCGGACCAAAUGGCCGCCCCAUUGCUGUCACUUCAUGACAAAAACUCACCUAUCAAAACCCCAAACCUGGAUCGUCUGGCUAGUGAGGGAGUGGUCUUCGACUCGGCCUAUUGUAACUCGCCUCUGUGUGCGCCAUCACGCUUCGUCAUGGUGAGCGGCCAGCUGCCUUCGAAAAUUGGUGCAUACGACAACGCCGCGGACUUGCCCGCCGACACGCCCACUUACGCGCAUUACCUGCGUCGAGAAGGCUACCACACUGCUUUGGCGGGAAAGAUGCACUUCUGUGGUCCAGAUCAAUUACACGGCUAUGAACAGCGCUUGACAAGCGACAUCUACCCUGGCGACUAUGGCUGGUCCGUCAAUUGGGAUGAGCCGAAUAUUCGUCUGGAUUACUAUCAUAACAUGUCCUCUGUGUUGGAGGCUGGUCCUGUCGUGCGGACCAACCAGCUUGACUUUGAUGAAGAGGUGAUUUACAGAUCCAAGCAGUAUCUGUAUGACCAUGUGCGUCAUCGUACAGAUCAACCAUUUUGUUUGACGGUGUCUAUGACACACCCUCAUGAUCCAUAUGCCAUGACCAAGGAGUUCUGGGACCUUUACGAAUCGGUGGACAUCCCAUUGCCAAAGAAUAGCGCAAUCCCACAUGAUCAGCAAGACCCACAUUCUCAGCGAGUCCUCAAAUGUAUUGAUCUAUUCGGCAAGGAGAUGCCCGAUGAGCGCAUCCGCGCCGCCCGCCGCGCCUACUAUGCUGCCUGCACCUAUGUCGAUACCAAUAUUGGCAAGUUGUUGAAGGUGCUUGAGGACACGGGUCUGGACGAGAAUACGAUCAUUGUCUUCACGGGUGAUCAUGGUGACAUGUUGGGUGAGCGUGGGUUGUGGUACAAGAUGACCUGGUUCGAAAACUCAGCUCGGGUUCCCAUGCUCUUCCACGCUCCAAAAAGAUUCUCGCCCAAGCGAAUUUCGGAGAAUGUCUCGACGAUGGAUCUUUUGCCCACAUUUGCAGGAUUGGCCGGUGCAUCUCUGGUGCCGGGCCUUCCACUCGAUGGAGUUUCCUUGGUGCCUUAUUUGACGGGUGAGGAGGGUCUUCGCACCGACACUGUUUACGGCGAGUACAUGGGUGAAGGUACGCAGGCCCCUCUGAUGAUGAUUCGACGAGGCCAGUGGAAGUUCAUCUACUGCCCCCUCGAUCCACCCAUGUUGUUUGACCUCGUGAAUGAUCCCGAGGAAAAGACCAAUCUGGUGGCUGGUCUGUCAGUCCCUUCCAUCAAACAGCCCUCAGCAACCACACGCAAGCAGAGCAACCCCCUUAAUGUGCCGGCCGGUCUGCCCACGCCUGAGGAGACUCCUCGAAUUUCGCCUAUUCCACAGCGCGCCACUGGCGGUCAAAGCUACUACCCCUUCCCGGCACUAUCGCCCCCUCGCACUCCGAGCCCGGCUAAAUCUUCCUCUGUGCCCAAUACCGCAGAUCCCGCAAGGCUGCUAGCUUAUUUCCUCGAAGAGACCUUCACUCGCUGGGACAUGGACUCAAUUCGAGAGGAUGUGAUCCGAUCCCAGCGACGUCGUCGUCUGGUGUACUCUGCUUUGAUCGAAGGCACUCCCACCUUCUGGGACUUUGAGCCACGUGUGGAUGCUAGCAAGCAGUACGUGCGAAACCAAGGAAAGGGUGUCCUGGACGAUGUCGAAUUGAUCUCGCGCUGGCCUCGCGUGCUGCAGCAGGCCGCCACAGCCAAAGGGAUCCCGGUCUGA